AAGGAUUUAAACAAAUGAAAAUCGUCACAAGCCAAUCUAGUCAUUCUGUCAUUUGUCUUGAAUACGAUCAGAAAAAAACAUGGCUAGCGAAAACGAAGGUAACAAAAAUCUGGAAGCAAUUAAACAAAAGAUUUCUCCAGUUAUACACUCUUUGUCCGCUUCUAUAAAUAAUGUAAGUGAGAUUAGAGAAAAAGCAAAAGUUUCAAAGGCUGAUGAGGUGGAUAAAAAAGAAGAGCUUACACCUAUCAAUAAAUUGAUGCAAGCUUAUAAUAACUCCCAUUUGGAAUUCCAUCGCAUGGUUACUGACAUGAUUGAUAAAAGUUACUUGAAAUUAAGCACGGAAACCAAAACUAGAUUCGAAGAAGCCCACAAAAAUGCUGCUGCUCUAGAAUUUUACAAAACUCUAAAGAAGGAAUUAGAAGAUAUAUAUGAAACGGCUUUGGCGACAAGAAAAAUUAAAGAAAAACUAGUAGUUGCUGACAUUGAUGAGGAUCAUAAGUGUUACGCAUCCAAAUUAGUUGACUUACAAGAAUUGAUUAAAUUAUCUGGGGGGAAACUGCUAACAAAGAAAGAAUACGACAAUGCAAUUAAAAAGUAUCAGGCAUUGAGAGAUUCUAAUGAGGAACUCCGGCUGUCAAAUUUACAGUAUGAAGCUAAAAUUAAAGAACUUAAAAGCAGCAUUCGCAAAUAUGAAGAAAAUUUUGAAUUAGAGCAUAUUGAAAAUAAGAUUGCUGCUGAACAAGAAAGGGCUUCAGUCAUCUCACUUUCUAGACGAGACGUAAGAAUCACAAUUAAACAAACUCAACAAAAAAUAAAUGAAGUAAUACAAACUAAAGGUAAAACAUCGUACAACAUUUCAAAAGCAAAAAGCCUAAACGAUAAGUUACAUAAAUACAGAAAGUAUUUUAAAAAACAUGAAUCUUUGAAAUCGGAAUUGCUUAUGAAACUCAACGUUUUAAAACAAAUGAAUUUAUCGAAUGAAUCGAACUUGUCCCAAUUACAAAUAGAACAUGAUUUAUUACUGUCGAAAGUCAAAAAAAGUAAAGAAGAUAUAAUAAAAAAACAAUGUCUAAUCAGUGAAAUUUCUAAGGUGAAUUUUAAAACGAAGAAAUAUAUUGAUUCUAACAUAAAAGAAAUGAGUAAUUUAUUGUCCCAAAUGCCUGAGCUAAUUAAUUCUGAUCACAAAACUGAGAUAAAAAAGUUGAAUGCCAACCUUUCCAAUUAUAAUCCCACUAAUGAUAUAUUUAAAAGUGACUUACUGGCGAAAUUGGAAGCCUUAGCCAAAAACUGUACUGAUUCGUACGAGAUGGAGCGUAAACAAUGUGAAGAAAUGCAAUCUAAUAAUGAAAAAAUUAAGCAAAUGUGUAAGAAGAAACAAAAUGAAAUAACAAAAUUAUCGCUCGAAUUAAAGGAGCUAAACAAGUCUAAAGAGAACAUCAUUAAAGAAGAGAAUGAGGUGAAGAAAGAAAUUGAAAUACUAGAGAAAAUUGUUGUUAAAGCCAGACAAAAUAGUAAGGGGAUAAAAAACCCCUUAACUAAAGAAAAAGAAGAGAAUAGCGGUGAUAGUUUUUAAAUGAUUGCACUGUCCUUACAAUAUUCACAAAAGUUGAUAGUGUCUGAAACACAGUUCAGUUCAGUCAUUUUAUAAACUUUUGGUGGAGGUUAUACACCAUUUAUUCUUAUUUUUUUCAUUUUAUGACCUUUAUGUAAUAUUUUUAAAUUGAUUUCCAAUAGAUUCCACUACAUUACAAAUACGUGGUGGUAAUGUAUGACGUGACAUCCUUCUUAAUUUAUGUAAGCUGAAAUAAGUUGAAUUACAAUGUCUUCAUUUACCUCUUACGUUAUCAUCACACAAAGAACUAGGAAAUUUAUUGUGUUUAUUGUUUGUUCAUUUAUUCAUUAGGUUUUGUAUUUAAAUAAAAAUUUUUGUACCGGU